AUGCAGAGACAGACAAAUCCAAACGCUAGUGCAAGAGAUGACUAUGGAGAUAGUUUCAGCUCUAGCGCAACAUGGCGGCAGAUAAGACAGCAACAUGAUAAGGUCCUAUGGACUAAACUGGUUUGGUUCGCGCAAGGCGUUCCCAGAUUUGCGUUCAUCACCUGGCUAGCGUUCAAGGACAGGCUCGCAACUGGUCAGCGUCUCCGUAAAUGGGGCCGCCUUCAAGGGUGUCUAUUCUGUGGAGAACCGGAGGAGUCGCGCGAUCAUCUUUACUUCGCGUGUCCGUAUACGUUCACUCUAUGGCUGCAGGUUGUGGGGAAGUUGAUAGGAGUGGAACCGAACCCGGAUUGGGAGACAACUAUUCUACAGAUGCUCUCUGGAACGCAUGACCGACAAACGUUUAUAUUGCUUCGAUUGGUGCUGCAAGUUUCUAUUUACUUCAUCUGGCGGGAGCGUAAUGAUAGGAAGCACAAAAUCACGGCAAAGCCGGUGGCACAGCUGGCUCGAGUGAUCGACAAAGCGGUGAGGAAUCGCAUCAUGUCUACAAAAUAUCAUCUGAACCCAAAGUUGCGGGAACUAAUGGUUCGUUGGUUUGAAGCUCACAUGGCAUAG